AUGAAUCUGGUGCGAUUCCUGCAGAAGGAGGCCAGAGGCGCCCGGUACGUCGUCCUCUGGUUGGAUUGCGAUAGGGAAGGCGAGAACAUCUGCUUCGAAAUUCUCGACACGAUCGCCGAGGUGUUCCAGGUGUCAAUGGAAAAUCCGCAGACGGUCUACCGCGCCCACUUUAGCGCCAUCACCGAGAAGGACAUCAAGGAGGCCUUUCGCCACCUGCGACUGCCAAACAAGCUGGAGGCGCUCUCGGUGACCGCCCGCCAGGAGCUCGACCUCGUCAUCGGCUGCUCAUUUACGCGCUACCAGACGCGCUUUUUUCACGGCAAGUACGGCGAUCUGGACAGCUCGCUGAUCUCCUACGGCCCCUGUCAGGUGCCGACGCUCGCCUUCUGCGUCGGCCGGCACGACGAGAUUGAGGGCUUCCGGCCGACGCCCUACUGGACGCUGGCGGCGGUGGUCGCCCCCGACUCGGACAACAGCGCCCGCCAGUACCUCAGUUUGGAGUGGAUGGGCGAGCGGGAGUUCAACCACAACGCCAUCAAGUCGCUCUACAACACACUGAAGGACACGAAACAGGGCACGGUGGUGUCGGUGAAGAAGCAGCGGCGCUCCACGGCCAAGCCGAAGGCGCUCAACACUGUGGAGAUGCUGAAGGUCGCCUCGAGCAAGCUGGGCAUGGGCCCGCACCAGGCGAUGCAGAACGCAGAGCGGCUGUACACGCAGGGCUACAUCAGCUACCCUCGCACGGAGACGAAUCAGUACCCGAAGAACUUCAACCUGAUCGAGGUGCUGCAGGAGCAGGAGCGCAGCAGCAGCUGGGGCGCCGACGUCAGCGAGCUGCUGCGCACCGGCAUCAGCGCGCCCAAGUCGGGCACCGACGCCGGCGACCACCCGCCCAUCACGCCGAUGCGAUGUGCCAAUUUCAACGAGCUACUGGGCGACGCCUGGCGCCUCUACGAGUACAUUGCCCGCCACUUUAUGGCCUCGCUGGCGCCGGACAUGAUCAGCGAGGUGACCACCAUCGUGGUGGCCAUUGGCAGCCAGAAGUUCAGCACCACCACGUCGACGGUGGUCGAGCCCGGCUUCAGUCGCUUUCUGGGCAAGAGCAGCUCCACGCUGAGUGAGCAGUCGAUUCCGCUGUCGCUGAAGGAGGGCGACCGGGUGCUCGUCUCGGAGGUGAAGAUUAACAGUCACAUGACGCAGGCGCCCGGGUACCUAACCGAGUCAGAGCUGAUCACGCUGAUGGAGAAGCACGGCAUCGGCACUGACGCCUCCAUUCCGACGCACAUCAACAACAUUUGCCUGCGCAACUACGUCCAGCUGGGCAACAACCGGACGUUGGUGCCGACGAAGCUGGGCAUCAUGCUGGUGCAUGGCUACCAGAAGAUCGACCGGGAGCUGGUGGCGCCCACCAUGCGCUCCGACAUGGAGAAGGAGCUCAAUCAGAUUGCCAAGGGCCAGCUCGACUUUAGCACGGUGCUGAAGAAGAACAUCGAGUACUACCGGGGCAAGUUCACCUUCUUCUGCGAGAAGAUCCACCUGAUGGAUGAGCUCUUUGAGUCGAACUUUACCUCGCUGGUGGACAGUGGCAAGCCGUUCUCGCGCUGCGGCAAGUGCCGCCGCUUCAUGAAGCUGAUCACCGCCAAGCCGGAGCGCCUCGUCUGUCCCACCUGCAAUGAGACGUACAAUGUGCCCAUCAACGGCACGAUCAAGACGUGGAAGGACGUGCAGUGUCCGCUGGACAACUUUGACCUGCUCUACUACAGCGGCCCGACGAAGGGCUUCGUCUUCUGUCCGCUGUGCUUCACCAACCCCGCCUUUGAGGACAUGGCCAAGGGGUCGGGCUGCAACCGGUGCACCAACACCGACUGCCAGUACUCGGCGCCCUCCAACAGUAUUGGCCCCUGUACGGCCUGCACGGCCAACGGCGCCUCGCUGGUGCUCGACCAGGGCAGCGGCCCGCCCACCUGGAAGGUCUACUGCAGUCGGUGCCCUUUUACGAUGUCACUCUUCAAGGACGCCAGCCGCGUCAGCGUCCUCGCCGACCGCUGCUCCGCCUGCAAGCUGCGCCUCAUUAGGCUGAAGUUUCCCCCCGGCAAGGGCCGCCUGCCCGGCGAGCUCACCGAGUUCAAGGGCUGCCUGUGGUGCGCCGAGGAGGUGGUCGCCAUCAGGGAGGCCAUUCGCAACUACUCCAGCGGUUUCGCCGCCAACAGUGCUCGUGACGGCGCCGGCGGCAUUCACUACAACGCCGACUCGAGCAAUCGCGGUUUCCGCGGAGGUCGUGGCGGCAGGGGAGGAGGCGGCAGAGGCCGUGGACGUGGCCGAGGUCGUGGCAGAGGAAGAGGGGGAGGGGGUGGUCCUGAUGGAGAUUUCAAUGGAGGUGGUUUUGGUGGAGGUGGAGGUGAUCGUGGCGGGCGUGUCGGACCCAACAGCGGCGGGGGAAGAGGUAAUAGAGGUGGUGGCUUUCGAGGUGCACGAGGCCGCUCUUGA